AUGUUUUGCGCACAAGAGGAGGUCAUACGCAAUCGCCUUCAAUCCGUUAUCUCCAUCGUCGACGAUGUGUGUAAGAUUUCGGGUGCUCCUUCAGCAUCCGUGGGUGUACUCCACGACAAUAAGAUCAUCUUCACCAAGGGUCAUGGAACAGUUGCCGGCAACCAGCUCAAUCUUAAGCCACGCCAACCUGGUCCCGAUACAGUCUACGGCAUAGGAUCCAUGACAAAAAGCUUCGUGAUUGCGUGUCUUGCAAAGGUCCGUUUGGAGGGAAAGAAGGCCAAGUUUGAAUGGAGUACACCGAUGAAGGACCUGAUUGAUGGUUUCAACACCGAUGGCAGAUUACAGCACUUGGUUACUCUUUCCGACUUCAUCUCUCACCGAACUGGGCUCGACGGAGAUAUGUCUAUCGCCUAUCAAGGAAACCAAGAGUUCCUCCUUCCAAAGGAUGAAGUUUUGCCAGCGGUGGCGACCCUCAGCAAGGUCGGACAAUUUCGAAAUGAUUGGAUCUACAACAACUGGGGUUACAGUCUUGCCGGCAAGGUUCUGGAAAAAUACUCGGGGAAGUCCUUUGAAGAUUGCCUGCGAGACUAUGUACUCGUCCCGUUAUCACUUCACAACACCACAACAACUCCAGACCCAAACGGCGACUUUGCGUCUGCUCAUGCAGCACUGGACAACGGCAACAUUUAUCGACUGCCAAACAAGAUACGACCACCUUUCAAGAAAAGCAUAUUCGAAACUGCUGGGGGCAUCUACUCAAGCGUCAACGACCUUCUUGCAUGGGCGAAGGCGAUUCUUGCUGCUGAAAAGAGGUCAUACUCCGGUCCUCUUGAGGAUGUGGCAACCAUCUUGAGCAACCAAGUGCCUCUGGACAAUCCAUCCAGAGAUCAUCGCUUCUAUGGGUUCGGAUGGGUUCGGACGGCUCUUCCAAAUGUUGUGGGCCUCCAGGGAGACAACGCAGAACUGUUCAACAGGGACCAGCUUCCAGUACUCGGAUCAAAAUCACAACCAAUGAUGACAUAUUAUCAUCAAGGCGCCGGGCUUGGGUACUAUUCAGCAAUCUUCAUGUUCCCCGAAUCCAAUUCCGCUGUGGUGGUUCUGACGAAUUCGAUGCCACUCAACGAUGUUGCAGACUGGAUCGCUCAGAUAUACAUCACCGCGCUAUUCCAAUUUGAAGAUGGAGGGAAAACGUACCUUGAUCUGGCAAAGAAGUACGUUGGAUUGGCGCAGAAAAGUCGAGACCAGAAACUCAGGCUUGUGAGAACAAUGAGAACGGGCAUUGACAGCGAGCACAACACAAACUACUCUUGUCCGCGAGAACUGGACGUAUACACCGGGAGAUUUUACAACUCGAAGGGUAGCUGGCCAGGGAAUUUUUUCAUUGACAUCCGUUGUCCGAAGAAUUGGGGGGAAAAGGACAACUGUUUGGAGCUCAGGUUCCAAGGGUGGGACUCACAACUCUAUGAGCUCCGUCACCUCAGGGAUGACAUCUUUGAGUGGGCACUAGACUACAACCAGCAAGCACGGCGAGCACGAUUCACAGUAUGGGACCCCGAGUAUUUCAAGAUCCAGUUCAACUUCAGCCCAAAGCGGUCCCAUGAGGCUGUUACGCUCAACUGGGCAGGGAAUGGAAUGGUUCUUACCCGACGUGAGGACAAGUUGUAUCUCCCACGAAACCCUCCAAAGCACUCAAAUGGAGUCAUACCGUUUCUCCAAGAGACACUUCGCAGGGUUAUGAGGAGCUGGCGCUUGGUCUCAAGAGGAGAAGACCCCAAAAACAGCGAUCACUUCGCCGAGUCUACCGGUGGCAGAUCACAGCCGUGGAAGGACUUCAGCAAGGAUGCAAGCUCAUCCGACAAGGACGACGCUAAACGAGACCUUCUUGUCGUUCAAUCAGGCACCAAAAGCGGCUCUGGUUCGCAGGACGACGUAUGCAAAGAGUGUGGGAAACACUCAGCGGAGUGCGCCUGCGGCGUUGGGUUCAUCGCGGCCUGAGGGUUU